GAGCACGCGUCAUCGCCCCCUUCUUUUCCCUACCACCAAAUCCAAUCCGCCCCGCGUCCCCUCCAAACCCUAGCGCGUCGUGAAGCUCCGGAAGCCAUGGCGGUGGCGGCGCCGGGGCAGCUCAACCUCGACGAGUCGCCGUCGUGGGGCUCCCGUAGCGUCGACUGCUUCGAGAAGCUCGAGCAGAUCGGGGAGGGCACCUACGGGCAAGUGUUCAUGGCGAAGGAGACGGAGACGCAGGAGAUCGUCGCGCUCAAGAAGAUCCGCAUGGACAACGAGCGCGAGGGCUUCCCGAUCACGGCCAUCCGCGAGAUUAAAAUCCUCAAGAAGCUGCACCACCAGAACGUCAUCCAGCUCAAGGAGAUCGUCACCUCGCCAGGUCCGGAGAGAGAUGAGCAGGGCAAGCAAAUCGAUGGUAACAAGUACAAGGGGAGCAUUUACAUGGUCUUCGAGUACAUGGACCAUGACUUGACAGGGCUGGCAGACAGACCUGGGAUGCGGUUCACCGUACCCCAGAUUAAGUGCUACAUGAAGCAACUCCUUAUGGGCCUUCACUAUUGUCAUAUCAAUCAAGUUCUGCAUCGAGAUAUUAAAGGAUCUAAUCUCUUGAUAGAUAAUGAGGGUAACUUAAAGCUUGCUGAUUUUGGCCUGGCGAGAUCAUUUUCAAGUGAUCACAAUGGAAACCUCACUAACCGUGUGAUCACCUUGUGGUACAGGCCUCCAGAGCUGUUGUUGGGAAGCACAAAAUAUGGGCCAGCAGUUGACAUGUGGUCCGUGGGUUGUAUAUUUGCAGAGCUUCUCUAUGGAAAGCCUAUAUUGCCUGGAAAGAAUGAGCCGGAGCAGCUGACCAAAAUAUUUGAACUUUGUGGCACACCUGAUGAGUUGAACUGGCCGGGUGUCACAAAAAUGCCAUGGUAUAAUAAUUUCAAGCCUCCCCGCCCAUUGAAGAGACGUGUUAAGGAGGCUUUUAAGCAUUUUGACUGGCAUGCUUUGGAUCUGCUAGAGAAGAUGUUAACGCUGGAUCCAUCACAGAGGAUAUCGGCAAAAGAUGCGCUCGAUGCAGAGUACUUCUGGACUGAUCCUGUACCAGCGGAGCCAAAAAGCCUGCCAAAGUAUGAGUCAUCACAUGAGUUCCAGACUAAGAAAAAACGUCAACAGCAGCGGCAAGCUGAAGAAGCAGCAAAGCGACAAAAAACACAGCAUCCUCAACCACAUGCCCGUUUGCCACCAAUCCAGCAGUCAGGCCAACCACAUCCACAAAUCAGGCCGGGCCAGCCUAUGAACCCUCAUCCUCCAAUGGCAGCUGGGCCAAGCCAUCACUAUGCAAAGCCCCGAGGGCCAGGAGGGCCAAACAGGUACCCACAGGGUGGGAACCAAGGUGGAGGUUACCCAAACCGUGGAGGUCAAGGCGGUGGCUAUGGCAGUGGCCCUUAUACUCAACAAGGCCGAGGGCCUCCAUACCCUGGUGGUGGGAUGGGUGGAACAGGUGGCCCAAGGGGCGGAAGUGGCAGUGGCUAUGGAGUUGCUGGACCAAAUUAUCCGCAAGCUGCCCCUUAUGGCGCUUCUGGUCCAGGCAGGGGGGCAAACUAUUCCCAGCAAGGUGGUUCUCGCAACCAGCAGCAGUAUGGAAACUGGCAAUAGUACAGUACCAUCUCAGUGAAACCAUACCCUGCUGUACUUUGGGUUCGAGUAUGUAUUGGGUAAUGUUCAAGUGUUUUAUGAGAUUUUGAUUAUAACCCAACGAGCUUCUAAGGAUCCUCUAAUUUUAGGAAUCUGAGACACUGCAGCUGAUCCUACACUGGAUAACAGGCAAGAUGUUCCGAUGUAUGAUGCAUGUGCUGGUGUCGAAUUGUAUGUUUCUUUAGUAUGGGAAGAAUUUCGUGUUGUUUAUACAAUUACACUUGGUCACCAAUGAACUAUUUCCAUCAACGUUGAAUACUGAGGGAACUAUUGGCUUGGUA